GAGCACGUGGGAGAUCUGAGAUGGGUGCGCAGCUUGACUGCGGAGUAGCAGCAGAGGAGUUGGAAGAGAAAGACUGCACAGAACGCUGUCAGCUCUCCCUAUGGUCCUCUCGCAGCAUCUCCGCAGCCGCUAGUCCCUCUAUCCCUCUCUACCCAGAACCACCGUGUUCACAAGAGCGUUUUGCUUUCGCUCGCCGUCCACCAUGCCAGACGAGUCUUCUCAGUUACUCGCACCCUCUAGGAAGGGCAAGGAGCGCCAGGCUCCUCAGCCGACAGAUAUCGCAGAGAAGCUCUAUGCUCUCCAGCGGAAACAAGCCCAGAUGAGCAGGCCGAAGGAGCGACCAGAACGAGCCCAUCCUUCUUCGUCUUCUACUUCACGAGUCGCCGCCGCACGCUCACCCUCGCCUCGAAAACUUCUUGCACCUAAUCCCAAUAUCAUCGUCUCCCGCUCGCAUUCUCCUGAACCAGACGUACAAGACUUUUCACGUCGCCUCAAGAUCUCCCCGGCUUCACCGCGAGCUGCUCACUCUCGAGCCCAGAACGGUUCCUCCAGUCACCCAGUCGCCAAGUUGUACAACCCCAACGCUCCCGAGCCGGGUCGAAAAGCGGUCAUAACCGCAGAACCAGACGCCAUGUCGGAUGGUGCUUCUAGUUCUUACGCCCCGCGAGCUGGCGUUCCCUCCCGGACCCAUCAGCCUGCGCAGUCGUCUCGCGCAGCAGGGGGGGAUGGCCAUAGGCUUUUUGACCCGAGGAAGGACAACCCGACCAAGUUCUUCCCUCGAGGUGGCAGCCCCAACAUGAGCUCACGACCUACGCCGACGCCCAAGUCGUCGGGCGAUUACAUCUCUGCCUCGUCGACGUCUUCUGCUUCGUAUGCCCAUUCGUUUAUAUCUUCCAACUUUACGCUUUCAUCGACGACCACUGAUUCGUCCGCUUCUUCCGCCAUCUUCGAUCACGAACGACGAUCGGAAGAAAGCUCAGGGCAAACAAGCGCGCUAUCGAAUCAAUUGAAGCGUGUGUACAGGUCGAUAAGCACGUUGGAGGAGAAGCUCAAGAGCGAAGACUGGGACUUUGACGAGGAGGUCGAGCGGGAAUCUGGGCGAGUGGGAGUGCUCGUGAAAAGCAAGUUGGCGAAUGGGAGUCCAGUGCAGGAGGUGAAGGGAAGCAGCGAGGAGCAGGAGAGGGAACGCUGGAAGAAGAUCAUAAAUAGGCAUAAAGAACUCGCGGAGAAUAUGCAUUAUAUGUUGUCAUUGACUUCUGCGCCUACCCUUCCCUCUUCCCUGCGAAAUGUUCCCAUCAAAUACAACCUCAUUAUUCGUCUAUGGACACAUGCAUUCCACAAACCGCUCGAAUCCCUCCGCAAAGCGGCCAAUCCACCUACAUCUUCUCGCGUUGCUCUCGAACACCUUCAGGAUUUUAUUUAUUAUGCGUAUACAUUCUACACUUGCCUAUUCGAAGAACGUAAUCUAUCGGCUUUCCGAGGAGGCUGGGUCGAAGCUCUGGGCGACCUUGCUCGAUACCGUAUGGCUGUCAGCGUCAUGGUCGACAACGCCGCCGCUCCCUCUCCAAGUGCACUCCCCGCCCGCGUCACCACACUUUCCGCUUCCAAUCUCACCCCACGUCCACCGACACCCCUCGGUAACGGCUCGGCAGUGUCCGACAAAGCCGCCUCGCCUACCCCUGCCCCGCGCAUUGACGACUCUCAGGCUGCUUCCCAACUCGAGGCAGUCGUACCGGUUUCAAACAUCAAGCAGCAGCAAGCAUACCAACCUAGCGUUGGUAUACUUGCUGCGCGCUUGAUGGAGUUGGACCCGGAGAAGGAGAGAUGGAGACAAAUCGCGAGGGAGUGGUAUGCAAGGGGCCUUGCUGCUACGCCUGGUGCCGGGAAGCUUCACCACCAUCUUGGGCUUCUGAGUCGAGACAAAGAUGGUGGUGAGGAGGAAUUACGGGGCGUUUACCAUUUUGUCAAGAGUUUGAUCACUGUCCAUCCGUUUACUACCUCUCGCGAGUCGAUACAGCCGCUUUGGUCCGUUGCCGCUCAAAAGCGACGUCAAGCUCCGGAAGCUCGACUUUCGGAGCUUUUCGUGCUUCUUCACGGUAUGCUCUUCACGAACAUCCAACUCGACGACUUCAAGGGGAUUCUCUCACGGUUCGAAGAAAAGCUUCUCAUUGAAGGCGAAGUUGUCGAAGAGCGCGAAUGGAUUAUGAUGGCCAUCGUCAAUCUUGGCGCCUUACUUGAAUUCGGCAAGCCCACUGCGGUCCUACGUCGCGUUUCUGGUGUCGGUGGACGGGAUACUAUGCCUGGUGUCCCUCCGCCUUCGAGUCCCGCUAACGGUGUCGCCGGCAAAGUCAAGUUAAUGGCGAAACGAGGCGAAGGCGAGGAGAAAAAGAUGGACGUUGACGACGAAACUGGUCGUGCCGCCGCAUCGCAAACGUCGCCUCUCCUCGCAAACGCCUCCACGACAUCAUCACCCGAGCUCCCGAUUGCAUUCCAAUAUGCAGUGCAGCUCGCGUUUUCGAUGUUAGCUCAAGCCCUUCGGAAACCCACCCGCAAGACAUCUCCAUUUGCUCAACAUAGCCUCAACCCGUAUAUCGUCAUUAUGUUGACUUUUCUGUCAACUAUCCUCAAGGACAGGCACGCGCUCGCCAUCCUUGAACGUUCCAUUCCCUGGGAGGCGCUUGCAACUUUCUUCAACACCAUGUCGCGCCGCCUCCUGCAACGUGAGCAGGACAAGGAACGUAGCGAAAGCGCCCUUCUCCUGACGAGCGGCUGUGCGCCAUUGCCGGAAGACUGGUGUCUCCGCGGUCUUGGAUGGGGUGGCAAGAAAGUCUACGAGCGCGGAUUCUGGGGUAAGGAUGUUGGCUGCGGCGACGAGAAGAACAUCGAAGUCGAAGUCCUGGAUCGGUGCGAAGCCAACGAGGAGAUGAUGGACGGUAUCAUCGAGGAUGAGAACGAAGACGACCCAAAAGCCCAAGUCGACCCGACCCGACAAGCCAUGCAAGGCCGUUGGGUCCGUGCAGCCCGUGCAGCGUUGAAGAUCGGCAAGAUCGUCAAUGGACUGACAUUCGUACCGCCUGUGAAUAAGGACGAUCGGGGCGAGUGGCGUAUUGAAGGCGCGCUCGCGGACAAGGUUGCUCGAUGGGAGGAGGAAGAUAGGCGCGAGCGUGAGGAGGAGGAGCGCCGCCUUAGGGGCACCAAAUGGGGUGAUGAUGAUAGUAUGGACGUUGAUGAUGAGGAUGUCGGCAUGGAUGGCGGAAGUAGCGACGAUAAUGAGGACGACGAGGAUGAUACCGACGAAGUCAAGGCACUCAAGGCACGAUACAGAUAUCUACAGAGUCUUUUGCAAUCGUCGCCGAAUCCCUGGUCUUCGCCUAGGCGCCAACCUCGUGGACGCACUUCUCGAAAAGCUGCCGCGACACGACAAUCUCUGCGUGUCGUUCCAGGGUACACAAUCCUUAUCGUGGACACGAAUAUACUUCUCUCCUCCCUUCCGAUGUUCUCUCGACUUGUCGAAAGCCAACAAUGGACUAUCAUUGUUCCUCUCCCCGUGAUCAUGGAGUUGGAUGGACUCGCUUCGAACUCAUCACCUCUUGGCGAAGCCGCUCUCUCUGCAGCCUCCUCCAUCACCUCGCACAUCCGAAGUCAUUCGAACUCGCUCAAGGUUCAAACCUCCCGUGGCAACUUCUUGCAGUCCCUCAAUGUGCGCACGGAGCUUGUAGAGUUUAACGGCAACGAGGAUUCUUGGGAACGCAAUAUGGACGAUCUCAUCCUUCGUGCGGCGAUUUGGCAGAAAGAUCAUUGGGCUGACCGUUCUGCCUUCUUCAAGCUCGAUAGCGCCCGGGACACCUCCGGGGCUGCCAAAGUGAUCUUGCUCAGCUUCGAUCGGAUGCGUAAGUCGUGUUUAUCUUUGUCAUGUAAUUCACUUUUGAGGGUGCUGACUACCAUAAUCCUUUCUGACAUAGUUCGCCUGAAAGCACGGUCUCGAGAAGUUGACGCCGCGGACGAGCGUGACUUGGCCUCCAUCCUCGCUAUGGGUACAUAAGUCCUUUGGAAGCAAUACUGUACUCUUGACGUCAAACAUGACGACCAAACUACCUUCACCGCCGACCUCUGAUCGGAAAAGGCACUUCUACUCGCUUGCGCCGGACAAAUCUUGGGGCCCAGCCCCCGCCCCUUCUAUUGACUUGAGGCAGGCUUCUGGCUUUCAUCCACAGUGGGCCAUAAAGAUGACGCUGUGGCGUGGAUAGGACUUUUCGGUUGUUAUGGGCUAGUACUAACAGCAAGUGGAUGUAUGGGUUGGGGUAUCUAUUCGGUUUUAGUGUUGUCAUCUUCCAUUCCUUUCUUUUCCUAUCUGGACUAUUCCGUCGACGUUCUCUCUUGUCUGUCCUUUCCGCAUGAGUAUACCCACCAUUCGCUUUCCAUGCACAUACCAAUGUACAAGUACCAUCAUAGCAAUUUCGUCUUGUUGUAGAGUGUAUCUUACUGUAGGCUCUUCGAACCGCACACACUUUCCUUCGCUACACUCCACUCUAUUACUUGCGAACUGAAUGAAUGAACUUCAUCGUCGAUCAAGAUUAGAUCGAGCAUUGCCAGAUUCGAGCGCUGUGCGAAACAAUCGCAGUUUUCUUCAUUCCCAACACCGCUGUUGGUCGGUUUACAGUACUUGC